GAGGGAGGGAGGGAGAAUAUAAAGUGUCGGGAUUUUGUUACCAGGAAGUGGGUCGAGUUAUUUAUAUUUCAAUGCUCGUCCUCUCGCACCCGAGUGCCAGUAACCUGAAACUAUAUGUUGAAACAUUGAGAGGCUCCGGCUGCAUCAAAACCGAUGGAGAACAACUGGCUGAGGAGGAAAAGGAACCCGUGUGUAACUGUAAAUGAUUGAGAAGGACGCAUAAAGUGACCCCUGUGACGAGCUGAGGACUGGCAGAGGUGAGUCACUGUACUCAAACUAUACAUUCAUACAUUAUUAACAGCUUCUGUCACUGUGCCUGAUUUACAUAUCCUGCACUGAAUAAAUCAGUCUCUUUCAAAUACUCAGAACAUGAAGGUCAGGGGUCAUAAGGUGACUACAUUAAGAAAUGAAGGGAAAAGACAUUGUUUCCUCGUGAUCACUCUUAACUGUGAGACACAAUUAACAUCAUACUUCCAUUUUAAUAUCACUGAGGCAUUAUGUAUUGUAACACACUUCUUCUGAGACUGAUUUGCACUCCUUAAAAUACAUUCAGGGCUUCAAAGUCUCUCUGGGAUUCAGUAAAAUGCUCAAAUAGGUCAUGUCUGCAUCCUACGGUAUCAAACUAAAUGUAAUUGUAUUAAUCAUAAGAUUUUAUCUACAGAGAACAUUUUCAUGUUAAUGGACUCACUUCAAACCACGACAGACAUGCCUUAAACAUGGGGAAAAAAUAAGGAUAUUUACAGAAAAAUGCUCACUUUGUCCAUAUUUCCAGGAGAGAUCCAGAAAAAACAGGCAAAACCAGUGUUUAACUAAAAAGUUAGUGUACUUCAGAGGUACUGUUCACAACUAAUGCAGGAACUGCAGUGUUUUAAUAUUUCUGUAAUUGAAAAUGAAAAAAAUGUCAUUAAUAACAGGUUUUUCAAUGUCAAUCAAAGCUUUCUUCAUAGUUUGAUGUUAUCAUUCAGCGUGUCCUCCUGACUUCCAGUCCAUAUUCAACUCAAUUCAAUUCAGCUUUAUUUAUAUAGCACCAAUUACAACACAGUCAUUUCGAGGCUGCUUUUACGGAGAAAACCCAACAGAUCCACAAGGGCAAGCAUAAGCGACUGUGGAAAGGAAAAUUCCCUUUUAAAGGUCUCUCUGAGACUUGGUGGUUGUACAAUUCACUCGCACCGUAACUGAUCUCUGCCCGCUUGUUUGUAUUUUAUGACAAAAAUGACCAGGAAGACUACAUCGUUUCUGCCGUCUCCAUGUAAACAGACAUCGUUUUCAAAACGCUGACGCAUAUAAUGGGCCUUAAAGGCUGAAAUAUGAUACUGCAAAUGAACAAAUGUUGUUAUAUAUUAUAAUCCUAUUUAUGAAAAUGCAAAAUACAAUGCCGCCACCCACGCAUCCAAACACAUUUAAAAUGAGAAACUGUGUGCAUGUCCAGCAGUGUUGUAUCACAGCCUGUUAGAGGAAAGCUGCAGCUCCUUCUGUUCUUCAGCUGCUGGGAUGAAGAUUCAUGAGAAGCUCUUGACUCACUACCUGUCCUGCACCUCUCCGGUGGAUAAGGAGGGCUACCUCUACAAAAAGAAGGAACGGACCGCCACGUACCACCGGCGCUGGUUCGUGCUGAAGGGGAACCUUCUGUUCUACCAGGAGCGUCCGGCGGACCGACACCUGCUGGGCGUGGUGGUGCUGGAGGGCUGCGCGGUGCGGCGCGCCGAGGCCGACGGCCAGUUCGCCUUCAACCUGGCGUUCGGGCCCGGCCUGCGGACCUACAGGUUGGCGGCGGCGGACCGGCGCACUCAGGAGGGCUGGGUGAAGGCUCUGCUGUCCGCCAGCCACCGGUACCUGUCCCUGCUGCUCAGGGACCUGGCCAGGCAGUACCAAGAAGCUCGCCAGCAGCACGGCUGCGCUGAGUCCCGCUCGUCCGCCGGCGCCCCCGAGCAGCUCAGAAGCAGCUUCCUGUUCGGCUCGCAGGGCCAAACGCCGGAGGUCCGGGAGGGCCGGAGCCUCAGUGCCGGCACCGCCUCGCACCCGCCGCCGGCCCCCGCCAAGGCCAAGAGGUCCCCCAAACUGUGGCCCCGCAGAAACGCCUACGUCACCCCCAUCAACGGGCCGGCGGCGCCGUACGGGGAGUGGCCUCUGGUGGGCCUCGACUCGCUGGAGGACUUCAGCAAGCUGCACGACUACUACGGGCAGGAGGUGAGGAAGGCCCGGGAGGACUGGCUGAGAGGCGGGGCAGCGGGGGGGCGGCGGGGGGGCGGAGACCUCAUCGACCUGGGCUGAGGAGACGGAGGAGACCCGAGACUCUCCGGGAGGAACUGGGAGACGAACGUGUGUCAAACAGGAAGUGAAACUCCGACUCUGACUGUUAUAAACCAGCCUGGACUGACAGAAACUCUGCUGAGCAGAACAAGCAGUGGAACACGAUGUUACGCGGUUCUGGGCUGGUUUCAUCCUUCAGACCUGCUGCUGAAGCCGACAUAUCUGCACACCAACUUGUGGAAAAGCAGACAUUUAGAGGCUUGCUCUGUUCCCUCCAUGAAAAUGUUAAUUAACAUUCACAAUAUGAGUGGAAACUAUUCAGCUUUAUGAGACUCUCAGUCGUCCGGGACCGUUUCAUGUUCUUAAAGGUUGCCUUUCCUGUGAGGAUCAGUAUUCAGAGGUGCUGUAGUGGAAUUAACAUUUUCAUCUGAAGCGCAAAGAAACGACUUAUUGAGCAGUAUUAAGCAGACAGUGUUUCAUGACGCUAUUUUUCAGUUAUUAAUGUGAAUAAAUCUGUUUACUUUAAUGACUCCAACUUGGUUCCUGAUAUGUUGACAUAUGAGUGAAAUACAGUUUUGACUGAGAUGAUAAAAACGGAAUGUUUUUAA